GGUUUGAAAGCCAAAGCCCCAGUUCUGUGUUUGCCUUUUCAGCCGGUGACUCGAGGGAAGCAGAACGAUGGUGGGCCGAAGGCUCCUCUCCAUACUUAAGAACAGAGGCGCAGCUGCGCCACCGCCAACGCCGCCGCCAGCCGGAGAUGGAAAAUCGAAAUCGUGGGGCCGUACAAUAGUUUCAGGAGCACUGAUUUCCUUGACUGGAGGCGUCGCUUUGAGCGCUCUUGACGAUCUAGUCAUUUAUCAAAGCUGCAGCAGCAAGGCCAUGGAGAAAGCCAGUAAGAACCAGGCAAUAAUCGAAGCUCUUGGGGAGCCUAUUGUGAGGGGUCCAUGGUACAACGCAUCACUUGCAGUAGCUCACCAGCGCCACUCUCUUUCUUGUACUUUUCCAGUCUCUGGCCCGCAAGGCACCGGCAUUUUUCAGCUCAAAGCAGUUCGUAAUGGAGAGGAUACAUGGUUCUCGAUUCUACGAGCUCGAGAUUGGGAAAUCCUUAUGAUGGAAGCUCUCCUUCACGUACCUACAAAGGAAAAAAACGAACAGACUUUCCGGAUAACUGUUUCGGAUAACCCUCCUUUGGAUUGCAAGCCAUGCGCUGCUUCCAUGCCUCAACCGUCUAAUCAACUUCAGCCAAGCUGUAGUAUCAAUCAGGUACAAGAACAAACCUGAAGUUUUCGUUCUCUGCAAAUACAUAUAUGGCUUCGGUAAAUUUGGGUUUCCUUUUUCUGGAAUAAUUUACGAGGCAUUAGGGGUGAAUAAUGGUGAUUCGGAAUUAUGUAUACUUAGAAUACGUUUCACUCGACAUUUUUGGGUUAGACAGACAGUAGUUGUAGUUGAUGCAAUGAUAUUCGAUAUUAAUCCCUAUUAUUUGUAUUAGUGAGUCGUACAGAUUUUGUUUUCCGCAUAUGCUCUGUGCCUCGUUUCCCCCUCAAACUAUAAACAAAAUAUACAUUUUUUUCUCCGGCUUUACGGCUUA